AUGUCCGUCGCCGCCGACGACGCCGCCGCCGAGACCUACUACCAAGCGCACAUGGCCGACGCCUCCGUCGACGCCAUCGCCUGGAUCGGGCCCAUCCAGUCGUGCCUCCUCCUCAUUGUCGGCGUGCUCGUCGACCCGCUCUACGACGCGGGCUACUUCCGCAGCCUGACGCUCACGGGCACCGCCCUCGCCACCGGCAUCGCGACGACCGGCAGCAGCUUCGGCGGCGUCAUCUACCCGCUCGUCGUCCAGAGCCUCCUCCCGCGCCGGAGCAGCAGGACCCCCGGGAAACGGCGCCGCCGCGUCAUGAUGGACCUCGCCGCGUACCGCAACGCCUCGUUCGUCAUCUUGUCCGCGGCCAUGUUCUUCAACGUCUUCUCGUAUACGCCGCCCAUUUACUACCUGCAGCAGUACUCCCUCGCCCACGGGCUGGCCAGCCGGGGCUCUUCGGGACCGGCGUACUACCUUGUCGCCAUACUGAAUGCGGGCUCCAUCCUCGGCCGGGUGUUCCCCGCGUGGCUCGCGGGCCGCUACGGGCCCAUCAACGUCCUCCUCGGCGUGUGCAUCUCCGUCGCCACGGUGACCAUGUGCUGGCUCGCCGUGCGCACCGGCGCUGGCAGCGUGGCCUUCGCCCUCGCCUACGGGUUCACGUCCGGCGGCCUCAUCUCGCUCCCGCCCACCGUGGUCUCGAUCCCGGUGCCGCAUCUCAAUUUGCACGAGACAUGGCUGGGAAUGUUGUCGACGACCAACGCGUUCGGCUCGUUGGCUGGCCCGCCCAUUGCGGGCGUUUUGCUUGAGAAAACCGGUAGUUACCUCGGCGUUCAGUUGUUAUCAGGUCUCGGCAUGACGGCGAUGGCGAUGCUGGUUCUGUUGCUGAGGAUGACGGGGAUGGAAAAGGGUCGGACCUGGAUAAUGUAA